AUGACGACCAUGGCAUAUCCAGAUGUGACACACAAAAAACCUGUGAAUGGAAAAUUUAAUCCAAACAGUUAUCGCACUAUUUCUGAAAAUAUCCCUGAAAAUGAUAAUGUGCCAGCUUGGUAUGCUCAUGCUCGCCCACCACCCUACUAUACGGAACCGAAUCCAAGCCAAUUACCAGUUCAAGCAUCAGAAGCACGUAAUAAUCCACAUGCUGCACGUAAAGUUGACAUGGUUUACACGAAUACUGCCAAUUUCAACGCUCCAUCUGGCAUAGUUAAAACUGAUAAUGUACAAAAAGAAGAAUCCCGUUGGUGGGAUUGGUCAUCGCCAAAAGCAGAACCAUACGGACCAGGAGUUAGAAAUCAAGAUGAAUGGUCAAAGAAACGAGAAAGUUCAUAUCGAAAUGCGUUUGCUACUACCAGCGAUGCAGGUGCUGCAUAUGCUAAAAGAAAUAGUCGAUAUUCAGCUAGUCCAAAUCAUAUUCGUGCAGUAGGCAUUGUGCCUAUUACUGAUUUGAAACCCGACGAUUUUGGGUCAGUUAAUCAAACACAUGUGGAAAAAGUCUCAUAUGAACAACAAUAUGAUAGUCGAAACGCAGCAAAUUAUCCUCUACGUGGAAAACGUCAAGGUUCAUUCAUAAAUGAAGAAAUGAAACCUUCUGCAUAUCCGAUAGAACGAAGUCACCCCAUUCCAUCAGCUAAACCGGAUCGGACAGCUUGUGUAUGGGAUUUAUUUCAUCCAAAUGAUGAUCUUCGUGGAGAACUACCAAGCAAUGCAACGAGAUAUCGGCGUCCAUUACCACAAAUCAAGCAAACUGAAAAAUUCGAUAACGUUUGGCAAAAUGCUCCAUAUGCGUCUGAUUAUCAAGUUGAUCAAGCACUUUAUCAACGUGCAAUGAUGAAGCAAGCUGAUACUGAUUAA